UAACAUUAGAUGACUUUUGUAAACAAUAUUCGUAUUAUAGAACCUUUUUGGUGGAAUCAGGAAUGUAUUGAUGCUAUUAAUUAUGAAGGAGGACAACAAGGAAAGAUUGAAUAGCCCUUUAGAGAUAAAUUUAAAAUUGUUGUUUAAGAAUAGUAAAGUGAUAUAAAUUUCUAUAAAUUUUUAAGUAAAAAGUAAAUGGAUAGUGUUAACAGUAUGAUUUGCUUAGCAUAAGCUACUCUCAUAGUUGUUAAAAAUUGAAUUUUGAGAAUUUUUAAACCCAAAGUGAAAUAGUUGCAGACUAAUUUUUUAAGGUCAUUUCCAUCUAAACUUUUUAAAAAACUUGUGCACAAAAGAAUGUGUUUCGAAGAUGAUAUCUUUUCAUGUCUGUCUAUGUGAUCAUUUUGCUAGAAUAGGAUGAGCUUUUGAUCGGGGUUGUAAUAGUAAUUGUGUGGGGGCAAAUUUUAUUUGAAAAUGUACACAAUGGGGAGGGGGUUGAAAAUUUUGAUACAGUUUGAAAAGUAAAUUAUUUAUUUUUUUAAAACCAAACUAAGUAAAAGUAGUUCUGAAGUAAUAAUUUUAAAGCUUAUUACUAAAUUCCGCUUCUAAUUUACUUAUUUUUUAAUAGGCAGUUUUAAUCAUCAGUUUUAAAUUAUAUAAAAAACAAAUGAUAUGCUUUCAAAAGAAGAGUAACAUUCACUCUAAACAAUUAUAAUGAUUGUUUAUAUGCAUAUAUUAAUUUGAGAUUGUUUAGUAUGUGAAACCGAAAAUUUUAACUCAUUACGCAAGAACAGAAAUUGUUUUCAUUCUUUUCUUUUUCGUAUUUUGUGUUCCAUUUCGUAUUUUUUUACAUUGUUUUGUAAUUUUUGAGUGCGCGUUUGAUUAUCUUGUUUUUCGUGACAUCACAAAAAGAUUUUUCAGGCAUGGAUGCCGUAGCAUUUUUUGAAGUGGGAUUGUCUUUUUUAAGACUUUUGAAACUGCGGCAUGACAUAAACUACAAAAAAAAGCAUUUUCGAAGGUGGUGGGUAAAACCGCACAUUCAGACAUGUAUUAGAAACGAUUACGGAGCAUUUUCGACUCUAUUCUGUUAUUUUAAAAUGCAUGACCAUGAAGAGUUUUACAAAUUGUAUAGGAUGAGUGUCCCCCAAUUUGAUAAACUAUAUGAAAUUUUGAAAACCAAACUAGAAAGAUCUUCUGCAGUUAGAGAGCCUUUACCACCACAAUUGAGAUUUGCAAUAACUUUACACUUUCUGGCACACGGCGAUAGCAUCGAAACUUUGUGUAAACUUUAUUACAUCGGAAAGUCAACCGUCUAUGGUAUUUUAAGCGAUGUUUGCCAAGAUAUUUGGGACAUACUUUCUCCUGUAUAUCUUCCGGAAAAAAGUGUUGAUGAUUGGAAAGAAAUUGCGAUCGAUUAUGAGAAAAAGUGUAAUUUUCCUCAUUGCUUAGGAUCAAUAGAUGGUAAACACAUCAGAAUUACCAAGCCUCCAAAUUCAGGAAGUGCCUUUUUCAAUUACAAAAAGUACUACAGUUUCGUACUCAUGGCCAUAUGUGAUGCCCAUUAUCGCUUUACGUGGAUUGAUGUUGGCGAUUAUGGCUCCUUGAACGAUGCCAGUGUUUUUGGUGCUACUGGAUUGGCACAAGAAUUAGAAGAGAAAAGGCUUCCUCUUCCUGAACCUGAAUGUUUGCCAGGGACCCAAUCAUCAAUUCCAUACUUUCUGAUUGGAGAUGAGGCAUUUAAAUUACGUCCUUACAUGAUGCGUCCAUACCCGAGAAGAUUGGUCACAACAUCUAGAGAAGAACUGUUUAAUUAUUGUCUCUCAAGUACACGGAUGAGAAUUGAAGACUCACUUGGAGUUCUUGUUGGAAAGUGGCGUGUAUUUCAUAAAGCUUUAGGUUUUAAUUUAUCAACAUCUGUCAAUAUUGUCAAAGCUGCAGUGUGCUUACACAAUUGUUUAAUAACAAGCGAGUUAAAUGACGCAGAAGAAAGAAAAAAGUAUUUAAACAAAGAGAUUUUGAAAAAUAUUUCAAAAAAUCGAAAUAUGGAAGAUUCGAGAAAUGAGGAAAAUAAAGAAAAUGAAACUUGUGAUUCAGAUGGAUGGAAAAUCAGAGAUAUUUUAACAUCAUACUUAGAGAAUAGAAAAAAAUAAUGUACAUUUUUUCGUCAAUGUCUCGAAACGUUUCAAAAACUAGUCAUGUUUUGCUUUUUAUUAAAAAAGUUAUUGAACUUGUAUUUUUAAAUUCCUUAAUAUCAAAUAUUAUUGUUUUUGUUAUUUAGAAUAAAGUUUGAAAUAAAACUAUCUUUUUAAUAUCUAUUAUCAAUAGUUCAAUAGCUGCAAAUCAAUUUUAAGAUUAUUUUAUAGAAGCUUAACUAAGGUUACAAAUAUCUACUGCUAAAUUUUUUAAAUUGCAAUUUAACGUUUAAAAAUAAUGCAAAACUUCAAGUAUUGUGCAUCUGAUCCUCAAUUGUUGAAGCGUUUUUCUGCAAAUUGUUUUUGAAGUCCAUGUACGCCAUAAUUUUACUGGACCAAUCGUUCUGAAAUUUGGUACAUUACUCCACAUAAUUCUUUAUGCAUCCCUGGGAAUUUUUUUUAAUUACUAAUUUUACAAUAACAAAUCAGACAAUUUUUUAUAGAGAAAACCUAUAAAAUGGAUGAGAAGAAAUUUUUGUCUUGGAAAAUAGUAUUAAUUUUGAUAAACAAAUUUUUACUACAAAAUCUCAAAGAACAAUACAUCAAAGAUGAUAUAUUGCCAAUUUUUUAAAUCUAUUUUUUAUAUAAAGUGAGAUAUUCAAAAUAAACGUAAAUUUUUUAUUUGUUUCUACGUUAAUGUGUAGAAUCUAUUGAUUUUUCCCAGCAAGCGAGUACAUAAUACAGAAGAUAGACAGAUUCAACAACUGUUCAACUUAUGCACAUCGAGAAUAAAUAACAAUAAUUUUAAUUUAUUUUAAUUUAACGGAUUACACUCUUAAAUACAUUAAUAAUAAUAGUUAAAAUAAUACUAAUGAAACUAAUAAUAAUCAUGUCAACAUGCGUCAUAUGCAAAAAUCUUAUUCAAAUGAAGAAUUUGUGAGAGCAGUGAAUAAUAUGGUGCCUACCCCGACACACAUUUAUUUUAUUGAAAAUGUACGAUUAAAGUAAAAAAUUCCAUAUUUUCUCUGUUAAGUAGAUACUGUAAUCCAAUAUCUGGAGUAACUGCUAAGCACGGUUAAAGUUUCAAUCUUUAUUUCCCAGAUAAUUAUUUUCAAUUGUGUCCAUUAUCAAAUGAAAUGUUCUUCUCUUCUCAUUUGGAGAAACUUUCCUAAAUGUCUCGAGUAAAAUUUCUUCGUAUGGAUCAUUUGCUUGAAAAUAAUUGUCUUCAAUUUCUGUUAA